AUGUUACGUUUAGUACUUAUAAUUGUUUUAAAAACUUAUGUGUUUUGUGAUGAUUCUCCUAGAAUACCUAUUUAUCGAGUCUCAUCACGUUCACCAAACAAAAUAAAUUGUACAGUAACAAAAGAAAAUGUUACCAUAUGUGAAACAUCUUCACGUAGUUUUGGUCGAAUAACUACAAAAGUUGCCACUGUUUACGAAAGUCUUCUUAAUGUAGCUGAUACAUAUUUUGUUGGAAAAAUUUCAAUUGGUACACCUGCUCAACAAUUUAUCAUAGAUUUUGAUACAGGAUCAUCUGAUUUAUGGGUAGCAUCAAUCAAUUGCUUAUUGAAUUGCGAUAAACUUAACAAAUAUAAUGCAACAUCUUCAAGCACACAUAUUGCUAAUGGUAAGAGUUUUUCAAUCGAAUAUGGUGAUGGAUCUUCAGCUGCGGGUUUCUUCAGUAUCGAUACCGUUACAAUCAAUGGAAUUAAAGUAAACAAUCAAACAUUUGCUGAAUGCACGUCUAUUAUUGGUAUGAGCGAUUUACAAAGUGAUGGUAUUUUGGGUCUUGCAUAUCCUGGUUUAACACUUGGCAAUGAAAUACCUUUUUUCUACAAUAUGUGGUAUAGUGGUUUAAUAAACAAACCUAUAUUUUCUUUCUAUUUGAAUCCUGAUAUAAGUUCUUUAUAUGGUGGUGAACUCGCUUUUGGUAAUGUAGACUCAACUAAAUAUACAGGUUCAAUUGCGUACGUUCCGGUAGUAAUACAACGAUAUUGGGAAUUUCUAAUGGAUCGUAUUUAUGUUGACUCGACUGUUAUCAAUGCAUCAUUGUAUGCUAUUAUUGAUACCACUAGUACAUUUAUUAUUGGUCCCGCUACGCCAAUCAAUAUUUUGAAUACUGCAUUAGGUGGUACUUAUGAUUCGCUUGUUACAAUGUAUAAAGUUGAUUGUAUAACACGCUCACUCUCAUCAUUUCCUAAUGUAACUUUUAUAAUCGGUGGUCAAGCAUUUACAUUGACACCAUUGCAGUACAUCUUGAUUUUAUUUGAUGAAAAUAAUGACUAUGUAUGUUAUACAGUUUUUGUCCCAUCAAACGUAUAUGAUUCACGUGGUAAUCUCUUUUGGACAUUGGGAAAUUUCUUUCUUUAUCGAUUUUAUUCAACUUUCGACAUUUUAAAUAAUCGAGUAGGUUUAGCUACAUCGAUAUCUUACAAUUGGACACAACCUGUUAACCCAGCUCUAUUUAAUAUUUCAUCAAUAACAACACAAUCAACAACUGUAACUACGAAUACGACAACAACAGUAUCGAUGGCAUCAACUUUAAAUAGUUCAACACUGACAACAACUGUAGCAUCAACAGCUAUCAAAAUGGAAAUAUUCUUAAGAGAUAUUACAAAUAACAUUGUAUUACUAUUGGCACUACUUGUCAUCAAAACUAUCUAA